AUGAGCACCUUUCCCUCGACGACGACGACAACGACGACGACGGCCUAUAUUGCCGACAUCGGACUGGAGGAAUAUCAUGAUUUUGAGUGGUAUUAUCUAGCAAUCGUUGCACUGGUUGCUGUAGCAAUUAUUCUGGAAAAUCUAGCCGUCUUACUAUGUAUUGGAUUGAACAAAAAGCUACAAAGCAUUGACAACUAUUGUAUAAUAAACCUUGCCUGUGCGGAUUUGUUUAAUGGGAUAGUUUUUAUAUUUCACGUCACCUUCACUGUGAUACGUCCAUAUUCAUGUACCAAUGUUAUCUACUGUGGUGUUAUUUUCUCGGCUCAACCCGUAGCAGUCGUUGGGUCUGUGCUAGCGCUGAUGACAAUGAGUAUUGAUAGGUAUAUCAGCGUGAGUUAUACAUUAAAAUAUACUGAUAUAGUCACGGGCAAGCGGUUUAUGUUGAUCGUAGUCGUCCAGUGGAUCGUUUCUAUCAUAUUAGGAUCAAUGCCUGUUAUGAUAUGGCAUACCGAGGACAUACAAGCCUGCAUCAAUGUGCAAAUUCUCUCUGAUGCAAAAUCCGCCUAUUUGUGGUAUUGGUUGAUCACAUUUUUACCUACUGUAAUUCUGCUUAUUCUGUACGGAAGGUUAUUUUGCGUGGCGUAUAGACACGCGCGGCGGGUUGCACCACGGGCAAAUCAGAUUAAAAGGAAUCAAACUCACAACACGGCAUGUGAGCUUUCUACUAUUAAUUUACCGACCACUGUCGGGGACACAGUGGAAUCAGAGAACAGUAUGGAGGCGCAUAGUCCGACCACUCAGCGCAAAAAACUACACAUAAUAAACCGAGCGUAUAAGGCUGUAAUAACACUAGGGAUUAUAAUGAUUUGUAUGGUGUGUACAUUUCUUCCUUUACAGGUCAUGUUCAUUUCGUUUAAUUGUGAAAAUUGUUUCAGCAUAUCGCAUUUCGAUAUGCGAGCCAUUAUGUUAGUUCUGCAAGUGUCCAAUUCGGCGAUGAAUCCGUUCGUCUAUGCCAUCAGGAUAAAAGAGCUGAGAAACACAUUUGUCAAGACCAUGAAAACAAUAUUUCUUUGUAAAUGUAGAAAACAAUCUGUCGUGAAUGAAAGCCCACAACAAACAGACACGUGA